AUGGAACCGUUUGGCACCUCGACCCCCUUUGCUGAGCCCCUCUGGUACUCUCGCGGCAUCAGUCCCUACUACAAUGAUAGCCAUCUUCGAUUGCGCAAGGAAGCUCGGGAGUAUGUCGAUACCCAUCUCCUUCCAUACUGCGAGGAGUGGGAGCGGGCAGGCUCCGUCCCGGUAGAUGUGAUUCAACGCCAUGCGAAGUUGGGAUUCAUGGCCGCAUCGGUCUACCCGCUUCUCGCGCCCUACCUCGGCAACCAGCGCUUGCCCGCCGACAUCCCGGCUACGGAAUGGGAUGGCUUCCACGACCUGAUCGUCAUCGACGAAAUUGCUCGCUGCGGUUACUUGGGCGUCAUCUGGGCGCUCGCGUGCGGGAAUGCCAUUGGCGCUCCGCCCGUCGCCAACUACGGAAAUGACGCCCAGAAGCGCAAGUUCCUCCCUGAUAUACUGAGUGGCAAGACUCGGUUUUGCUUGGGCGUUACGGAGCCGGACGGUGAGCGACCCUUCCUAAUCUUCCGUGAAAUAAGUGUACGAGGAAAGACGGACAGCAUUGACAAUUGUAUAGCGGGCUCCGAUGUUGCGGGCAUUACGACUACUGCGAUCCACAAGGGCGACAAGUACAUAGUCAACGGUGCUAAGAAAUGGAUUACGAAUGCAAUCUUCGCCGACUAUUGCACUGCUGCCUUCGCACUCGUCACUUCACAGGAUCUAAUUCACUGGACCACGCUGAUUUGUCUCUUAGGGUCAACGUAUAUUGAAUUUGAUGAUGUCGAGGUGCCCGUGGACUAUCUGCUCGGGCAAGAAAACCGGGGCUUCGAGAUCAUCAUGUCCAACUUUAAUCACGAACGUAUUUGGCUCGCUUGCACUAGUCUCCGCCUCGGUAGGGUGUGUGUUGAAGACGCAUACCAGCAUGCAAUCAGGCGAGAGACGUUUGGCAAGAAGUUGAUUGAGAACCAAGUCAUCCGCGCCAAGAUAUCGUCCAUGGGCCGAUCGCUAGAUGCUGCCAGUGCCUUCAUGGAGCAGUUGGUGUAUAUGACGGAUGUAUCGCGCAAGACGGGACAACCGGUAGCCGGCAUCGGCGGCCUCGUUGCCAAUCUCAAGGUCUUGGCGGGCAGGACUUUGGAACAUGUGAACCGGGAAUCCCAGCAGAUUCUCGGGGAUUGGGUUACUCGAAGAAUGGAAAAGGGGCUAGGAUCGAGCAAAUCAGCCGAGACCUAA